GGUUUGGGAUGGCAGCCUCCCCAGCUACAGUUGCGAGGGCAUUUGCCGAUUGCUUGAAGGCUUUGGAGUCAGCUGUUUCUGGAGCAGAGGGCGGUUCUAUCACAAAUGCUCGCAAGUUGGAGGCUUUGUCACAGUUGGAGGAUCUGCUCCCAAAUCUGGCGAAAGCCGACAUUGCAGAGCAUCGUGGGCGAUUUGAGGAUUUAUGCGAGAAGCUGUUGACACAGAAUGCCACAGAUCCAUUGCGCCGUUUGGUGGUCUCAGUCUUGACCACCACCUUCAGGUUGAGCGACACAUCUGCUUUGCCCAACUUUGCCAGCCGUCUCCUGCAACUGAUGGGAGAUAGCAAAAAAGGAGGGGACAAAGUCAAUGACACCAAGGUAGCAGCGCUUGAUGUUCUGGGGCAGCUAGUUGUUCAUCAUGGGCAAUCGUUAGAGCCAUUCUGCAAUGACAUUUUGGCUGUGAUUGCCAAGCACAUCAAGAUGAAUGAGGCAAGUGCCCGUUGCUCUGCAUUGGAGAACCUUUGCCGGAUCAUGACAGCCGCUGGAGUAAGACAAGUAGGCACCGCCAGCAAUAUUUGGAAGAUGCUACAGAAGGUUAUGGCGGACAAGGCUCUCACAGUUCGCACGGUUGCUGCUCAUGCCUUAUCUGUGCUUGCAAGUGCAUGUCCAGCAUGUGCUGCAGCCAAUGGCGAGGCAAUGGCAUUGGCUUGCUUGAAGGCUUUGGCGACUGAAGAUCCACCGGGCCAGCUGACUUCCAGUUGCUCUGAAAGCCGCUUUGCUUUCACGAAGGCACUGGCGAGAGUGCUGGCAGCAAUGGCAUUGCCCAUACCUGCUGCAGAUCGAUCCAAGAAGAAACCAGUGACAGACUUUGCAUCUGGAGUGGACUUCCUGGAGCAAGCUAUCUCCAAGGGCCCAACCACUGGUCCUGCCUUCUCCAUGUUUCGUUCCUCCGUUUGCAUGGCCAUCGUUCUGCUGGCUGAGGCGCAGGGUGUGGGUGAUGCGGCCAGUUUGGCGCUGGUCGUUCGAGCUUCCCUCAAUGCCUUGGAGCUGCCAUCCAAAAGUUCCAAGCAUCCAGCUGAUGAGGACCACCUGAUGCAGGUGACGAGACAGAUACAGCUUGCCUUACAAAGACUCCUGCGACUGGCACAAAUGGAGGGGUGCUUGAACGACUUCGUGGAGCAGGGUCUUCUUCCAGUGGUAUCAGCCCAGUUUCAUGAGACCUCUCGCAGCACUGACAUGCGCAUGCUGGUGGUUUUGGAGACUCUCUGUGGGGCCUGUGUGGCAUCCGGCGAAACUUUUCGAAGAAUAGAGACAAAGGUCACAAAACCUUUGCUUCACAUUGUUGGAAACUACCCCAACGCGACAGUGCAACUACACGCAGCUUACUGCCUUCGUUGCAUCGGGCAUGGUUCACCUCCACAGCUCUUCCAGCUGCUGAGUGUCUUGCUGAACCUGUCUACAGUUCAGAAUGCAGAGGUGCUGGGCACUCCACUGCGAAGAAAAGAUGCCAAUGGUCAGAUGGUGGCAGGUGACACGGCUGUAGCAGCAGCGGCUGCACAUGCAGAUCUGCAGCCCUUGGUCCGUGGACUUUUUGGAUACUGUGCUGCACUCGCCGCAAUGAGCAGCGAGCUGUAUAGCAGUGAGCUGGGUGUGCCUCACGAUGUGACCUCUGCAGUCCUUGGAACAUCAGGGGCCCUGCUACAAGCGCAUCCCAGCUGUGCCAUUUCGGCACAGCGGCGCUGUUGUGCCUUUCUGUUACUGGAAGGUUUGAUGUGCUUGGGCUCUGACUGGGUGGGUCAACGUUUGACAACAUUGUUUGCACUCUGGAAGACCGCUUUGGGCAAGAAACCAGUCGACCGCGCAAAGGUCGUGUACCAGGAGCAUGUAGCAUCAAGCUCAUCCAAAAGCAGCUCCUCAGACGCAGACAACAGUGCCAAUGUUUGCAGGGAUGAGCUCUUGUCUCUACUUUUUGCGUUGCGAUCUUUGUAUGCCUUCACCUGGCACUCAAAAGAUACGCUUCUCACAACCCUCCCGCAUCUUCACAAGAUCCUGGUGGUUUUCUUGACAAACAUUUCGCAAUUGGUGGUUGGUUUGCCGCACCCGACCUCAACGAGCUUCCGAGCCAAAUAUCGUCAGGAAGCAAGUCAGCCAGGUGCUAUGCGACCAAUCAUUACCAUGGCUGGACAGUGUGGCAUCCCUGAAAUUCUUUUGAUGAUCCGAGCUACGAUGUACCGAACUUUCGCUGCCAUGCAGCCUUCGUUGUACUCCUCCCGCUUUGUGCCUCUAUUGAACAUGCUGGCGGACGAUGUCACCAGGGUCUUGCCGCAGGACUUUCCAGUCACCGAGAUCAUCACAGAGCUGGCAGGGCGAACCAUGGACAGCGUGUUGGACCUGGUGGACAGCCAUCUGGAAACGAGUCGAGACUGUCCCUCCACAGCCCGCUUGGCAGUGAAGAAGUUGCUGUCUUGUGGAGCCCAAGGGAUCCAAGGGCAAGAUGCUGCACCCUUUGCUGAAGACCUAGGAUCUGACGCUGGAGCUGCAUGUAUCUUUAACAUCCUAAACCGGGAGAGUCCUGGGGGUACGGAUUGCAUGCUGAUUCCAUGGGACGCAUGGGUGGACUCCACACAGCCCUUGGCUGGACAGUGUGUGUCUGCUGAAUGGGAUUGGAGGUGCAGUUCUGUGAAGCUGCUGUCGAUGAUUAUCAAUGCACCGGAGGUGGGCGAGGCCCCUCGGGCUGUGGUGCUUCAGCACCUGCUGAAGAAGAAAGAAACCUCCGAUGAAGCCAAUCAGUCAACAGAGAGAUAUUCCAUGGCAGCUGUUGCAGUUCUGGCAUACUUGCGUGAGCAUGCCCAUCUUCGGGGCCUGCGUGUUGCACCUCCACAACAAGCCAUUGAGCAAGCCUUGGACCUGUCACUGGCAGGACUCAAGGAGAGCAAUCCAAUCCUACGCCGACUUCACGCAGAGAUCCUGGCAAUGCUCUUUUUCUGUCACCACCAGCUCCCAGACUCCCCUGUAGUACCCAAGAUCUUGCAGCACCUAGCAGCAGACAGCCCGCAGAGCUCUGACCCGAAAGAUGUGAAGACCGAAGAAAAGCUGAAGGAACGAUCCGCCGUAGCCUUGCUGUAUGGCAGCAUUUUGAGAGCCUUCGCUUGGGGCUGGAGCAUGCUUCCACCAGGAGGUCGAGGUUUCCACUGCCCUUACAUCAUGAACAUUGUGCCCAUCCUGUUGAAGCUGGCCAAGGAGACAGCUCAGCCUGUUCGUCUUUGGAUGCUGUAUUCUCUGUACAUCAGCAUGGAGGCUGCUGGUACAGCUUUCGCUCCUUUCAUGAAAGAUGCAUUGCGCUUGGCUACAGCUCACCUUCUGGCUGACUUCUUCGAAGCACCCUUGGUGCUGUGGGUGGUUUCAGAGCUAACCCAUGCAGCAGCCAUUAUCCUCCACAAGAAUGACACUGCCGAGUGCGAAGGGCGCGAGGAUCAUUUGUUGUCGGGAAUUUGGAAAGUCAUUCAACAGAUUCAGCACGUGCAACAUGGAGGCAAUGCAUUUGCAACGGUCCGGGCAGAGGCAGUUUGCCUCAACACUGCUCCAUACCUUAGCAGGUUGAUCCCAGCUGACAACUUGCUGAAACUGGCAGCGAAGAAGCUUUGUGGAGAUGAGAGCGGCUCGCAGGUUUGCGCUGUCCGGACCUUUGCCUCGCAGUGUCUCUGUCAGCUUGCAAACUCAGGUGCUGACCUGCUGGGUCUGUUCCCAGAUAGGACUCAACUGUUCCAGCUCUUAGACGCCUCCAAGGGCGCCGAGGCCGAAGCCUUGCGGGACUUGAUCCUGGCAAUGCUUCGGGGCAAUGGCCUAGCACAGCUUCCAACAUGGCUCCAGGCCUUGCGGCAGGUGGUCCUGGCUUUGUCCAAAAACAGCAAGGAAGAGCUAACGAAUUUGAACCGAAAGGGGAGUGAAGAUCGCAUGGCUGAUGAAGUUGAUGAUGAAGCAUCAUUCGCAGAUCCCAAACAAGACCUCAAUACCAAGCAGAAAUUCUCGAGUUGCACAGCUACCAAGGUAUUUGCAGUUUCCUGUGUGCAGUUGUUGCUGGAGCAAGUGCCAGCCAAAGACUCGGUGCAUUUCCAACCAGAUGUUAGCAGCCCCAGUUCUGAACUGCCCAUGGAGAAAAGGUUCAUCACCCAUUUGGACCUUCUGGUGGGCAUUGCAGUGAAUGCUGCCAGCUCAGAUGAGGUGUCCCUAUCUGCUGCAGGACUUCGCCUUAUGCUGUUGGUGGUGGGCAGAUUCCAACACACCAAAGAUGUACAGGGCCAGGUUGAAGGAGUGGACUGCCCCCUGUUGCUGGUGCAGUUUGAAGCGCAGAUGACCACUUGCAUCCGGCACAAUCUGCGUGCUUCAGCCAACCCUUCCGUGGUGCGAUUGGCUUUAGAACUCCUCCGUGAUGUUAUAGCAGUCCGAGCUUGUACCUCGACUCACCGGUUGAUUGCCCUCCUCAUGCAGCCACUGUCAAGUCAGACAUUUGAACCAGACCCGCUUUUUUCAGAGGCUGCGUCGACUGGCUGCUUUCUUUUCCGUCUUCGCUGUGCUUGUGCAGUGCUCGACUCUGGGCAAUCACAAGAACAAGCAGCUGUUGCAGCUUACUCCAAACAUCUGAGCAGAUGGAUUGAAAAUGCCUUGCGUGACAGUGCUGUGCUACUAGCAGGACUUCCCCUCCAGAGUGUCAAGAGCUACCAGCCCACGUGUUUCAGUUUUGCUGACUACAAGGCCAUUCAACCCUUGUUUCGAGAGGCAGUGCCAUCUUUGCUUCGUGGUAUUUGUGUCCUUGGCGCAGAGGAGCCAAUUGCCAAGAAGUCAUCACCCACCGCCUUGCAGCCCAAAUCGUCCCCUUCGGCACUCAGCAAAGACUUGGUGUCACUUUCUCUGGGUGUUGUGAUGACGCUGCUGGCUGAUGCAUCAAUAGAUGAUGUCCUGGUCUUUCUUUCCACAAUUCGCCACAUGUUGAUUCUUUCAGCCCAGAGCUCAGAAGACGAUGGCGCCGUUGUGAGCCUUGGCACCUUUAUGGAUGUCCUUGGCUGUGUUUGGAGGGAAGUGUACUGCAAGAGGAGAUGCAAAGCCUUGAUGAAUCUCAUGGAGCUGUUCCAUGGAAUUUCAGGUGUUCUGUGGAAGGCGAAAGUCAGCCAACAAAAGUCCGAAGCCUUGGAGCUUCCAUGGUUGGAGGGCUUGUGCAGCGAAGGCGAAAGCAGCCGCACAGUUCUGGGCACCUAUGCGUUUCACAUUGUUGCAGCGACCAUGAACAGGGCAGAUGUCUCCGAAAGCCAUUUGACAAUGGCUUUGGAGGUCUUCCAGUGGUGGCUGCAAGAUGCUUUGUCCCAGACACUCUCAGAUUCGGAGGCUGAAUCCAGAGAAGACGAAGAGCUAAACAAAUUGAUGGAUCAAGCUUUGGCUGAAGAUAAUGAAGAUGAAUGUGUAGCCCCCGCAGGAGAGACCUGUCCAUGGUUUUGGCUUCUCUUGAAGCCCCUACCUGAAACAUUGGUCCAAAGUCAUCCUGCUGUGACUCUGAAGCACUGGAAGCAGAUUUGUACCCUGUUGUCUUCUCCAGCAGCGACCACAGCAUCAGCGCUGUGCAAGCAACUGCUCCGCCUGGUUCUGAUCUCCAAUACCCUGUGUGCUUCGGUGAUUCAAAAGUUGGGUGCCCCAUUGGUCACAGACGCAUCUGAGCGCCAACUGGUCUAUUCCUUUGCAACGUUGGUCCCUGCCGUCACUGCGAUGGCCGCUGUCUUGCAGGCUGCUCAUGAGGGAUCCACACAGGAGCAAACUGCCGAGGGUGCCGAACAGGCGAGUGCCACAGCGCAAAAGUGCUUGGACCAUUUGAAGGAGCUGUUUGACAUGGCCUGGGCACAUCCCAGUGUGAAGGUGGUGCAAGCAGCUGUUUCCUCCGCGCAGAAUUUGUUGCAAAAUCCUGCUUGCUUAGACCUCUGCAGAGUCAUUGUGCCUGGCCUUGUAGAUGCCAUUGCAACGGAACCUCCAAAGAUAGCGCUACCGGCAAUGGAACAUGCCUGGGGCAUCUUCCCCACUCUGCUGGCAGCGCAGUCGCAGACUGGAGAUGCGAAGCUGGUCAAGAGUAGCACGCAGCUUUUGCUCCAGUUGGUAUGCACUGUGGCGGAGUUUGCAAAGCCCACUGGAGCUGGCCAGACAGCAAUGGCAAACUGCCUCAUGCAGGCGGCGCAAAUUGAGCCAAGCCUCAAGGCGGAGAUUGUCAACAUGCCCGCUGAAAGUCAGCGAACAGUGCAGGAGCUCCUGCGGGCACAUGUCAACGCUCGAGUGGACAGCUCAGCAGCUGGCGAGAUUGGCGACAGCUUUUCUUGUCAGGACUUGGGCAGAAGCUGCGACAUUGACGAGGAGUCCGAGGACGAAGAUCGCGCAGAUUUUGAAAAUCGAUUGGAACGAGUGGCAGAAGAUGGCACGGAGGAGGAUGUGUUUGUUGCCGUGUGCGACGAAUGCGGUGCCACCCAUGUCACCCACAUUGACUUCAUGGGCUUGGGAUUGAACUUCAACUGCAGCAUGAUGGGUGGAAGGUGUGAAGGAGCAGAAGCUGAAGGAGAAAAGAAAGACACGAGCGGGUCAUCUAUACCUGUGGCGCCUUCCAGAUCCCAGCUUCACCAACUCUCUGUGGACGAAAAGCGGGACCUGUUUGAAAGGUAUGCAAUGCAAAGACAAGAAGAGAGAGUCUCCAAGAAGCACAUUCACAAGAGCAUCCAACAGUUAGCACCACGCAAAGGACAGCAGGAACGAUAUCGUGAUAAUAAUGUGGUGACACGAAAAGGCGAGCGUUUCAUCAAGGUAGAUGUCUCACUGGAUCCUGGUCCUGGCUGCGAAAUUGGUGGCAUCAUCGGAUGGCGCACAAAGCAGGGCCGUCGUGGAUUAGGCAUCAAGAAGAUGACAAAAGAAGAAGCUGACAAGGUCUGCAUUAGCAACAAGAACAGGAGCCACACGACGAAAGCGGUUAGUGCUGGUGAAAAGAAGGUCAUCUUUGAAAACAAGUGGUCCAAGCACACUGCUGGCUCCAUGCAGGUAGCACCCAGCGGGUCUCUGAGGUAA